UCUCUCAACUGCCAUUUUUUCACUGCCAAACUACCUUAGCCUUCUUGGUUAACUAUCAAACCUCCAUGGACAAAGUAGUUCCAUUUCACAUCCUUACCACUCCUUUCCUUCAAAACCCACUAAGCUUCAAGCCUCCCACAAGCCACUCACCCCCAACUCUUGCUCCUUGUGAUUCCCAAUUCUUUCCUUCUCUUCCAUCUUCUUUGCCAACACUAUCUUCAAGCUUUACCUUCUUGGAUGACUUAGGUGAGCUCAAAACUUUGAAUUCAGUGAAAGCAAUGCAUGCGCAGAUGAUAAAAAUGUCUAACAAGAAUUGUAUUGAUACUAAGGGAAAAAAUUUGGUCACAUAUUACAUGGAAUUUGGUGAUUGUAGAUCAGCUGCAAUGGCUUUCUCUGUGAGUUCUGAACAAGAUUACCGUUCAUGGAGUUCUUCACUAGAAGAACUUAGAAGAUUUGGGGGUGACCUACAAAUUCUUGAGUUUUUUUGUGAGUUUCAUAGUGGGGGAUUGAUGCUUGAUAGCAAAGUUCUUUGCACAGUUUUGAAACUUUGCACAAGUUUGAAGCAUUUGUGGCUUGGGUUGGAAAUUCAUGCUUGUUUAAUCAAGAGUGGAUUUGAUUUGGAUGUGUAUUUGAAGUGUGCAUUGAUUAAUUUUUAUGGGACUUGUUGGGGAAUAGAAAGUUCCAAUCAGUUAUUUCAUGAAAUGUCUGAUCAAGAAGACAUUUUGUGGAAUGAGAUAAUCAAGCUCAACUUGAAGAAUGGGAGAAGUGUGGAGGCUCUGGAAAUGUUCAGAAGUAUGCAGUUUUCAUCUGCUAAAGCCAACAGUACUACAAUUGUCAAAGCACUCCAAGCAUGUGGCAAACUUAGAGCUCUCAAAGAAGGAAAGCAAAUUCAUGGGUAUGUUUUAAGAUGGGCAUUGGAGUCAAAUUUGUCAAUAUGCAAUUCACUUAUUAGCAUGUACUCCAGAAAUGACAGACUAGAUUUAGCUAGGACAGUUUUUAAUUCAAUGGCAGGUCAUAAUUUGUCAUCAUGGAAUUCAAUUAUCUCUUCUUAUGCUGCACUUGGUUGUUUGAAUGAUGCUUGGAUUCUUUUCGAUAAAAUGGAAUUGUCUGAUGUGAAGCCAGACAUUGUGACUUGGAAUUGUCUUUUGUCAGGACAUUCUCUUCAUGGCUCAUAUGAAGCAGUCCAGGCCAUCUUGCAGAAAAUGCAAGACGCAGGCUUCAAGCCAAAUUCAAGCUCCAUUACAAGUGUUCUUCAAGCAGUUACUGAUUUAUGUUUCCUGAAACACGGGAAGGAAAUUCAUAGUUUUGUUUUAAGAAAUGGGCUUGAUGACUAUGAUGUUUAUGUAGGAACUUCGUUAGUGGACAUGUAUGUGAAGAACAAUUGUUUGUCCAGUGCUCAAAAUGUCUUCAUUAACAUGAAGAACAAGAAUAUUUUUGCUUGGAAUUCAUUGAUUUCAGGGUAUUCCUUCAAGGGUCUUUUUGAAGAUGCUGAACGGCUAUUAGAUAGCAUUGGUGAGGAAGGAAUCAAACCCAACUUAGUCACAUGGAAUGGUCUGGUUUCAGGGUAUGCAAUGUGGGGUCGCCAUAAGGAAGCUUUAUCAACGAUUCAUCGGAUUAAAAGUUCAGGGUUAACCCCUAAUGUGGUUUCUUGGACUGCUCUUAUAUCAGGCUGUUCACAAAAUGAGAAUUACGCGGACUCCCUCAAAUUUUUUAUCCAAAUGCAAGAAGAAGGUAUCAGGGCAAACUCUGCCACCGUAUCCAUCCUACUUAAAGCUUGUGCAGGCCUAUCUUUGUUGCACAAGGGUGAAGAGAUACAUUGCCUCUGUAUCCGAAAAGGUUUUGUUGAGGAUAUAUUUGUAGCCACAGGACUUAUCAACAUGUACAGUAAGUCAGGAAAGUUCAAAAGUGCCCAUGAGGUUUUUAGGAAGAUUAAGAACAAGACGUUAGCUUCUUGGAAUUGCAUGAUUAUGGCAUUUGCCAUUUAUGGCUUUGGGAAAGAGGCUAUUUCUCUGUUUGAUGAAAUGCGAGGAGCAGGUGUGCAGCCAGAUGCUAUAACCUUCACAGCUCUGCUCUCUGGCUGCAAGAACUCAGGUUUAGUUGAUGAAGGAUGGAAAUUGUUUGAUAGCAUGAGCAGAGACUAUAACAUAGCUCCAACAAUUGAGCAUUUCUCUUGCAUGGUAGAUCUUCUUGGAAGAGCUAGUUAUCUUGAUGAAGCUUGGGAUUUUAUUCAAACGAUGCCAUUAAAGCCGGAUGCCACUAUAUGGGGUGCUUUUCUUGCAUCCUGUCGAAUCCAUAAAAACUUGGCAUUUGCAGAGAUUGCAGCAAAGAAUCUUUUUGAGUUGGAACCUCAUAACCCAGCCAAUUACAUCUUGAUGAUGAACUUAUAUUCUAUGUCAAAUAGAUGGGAUGAUGUGGAGCGUCUUAAAGACUCGAUGAAGAAUGCAGGGGUGAAAAAUGGACCUGUGUGGAGCUGGAUACAAAUUGAUCAGGCAAUUCAUAUGUUCUCUGCAGAAGGGAAGCCUCACACUGAUGCAGGAAAAAUAUAUUUUGAAUUGUAUCAUUUGGUUCAUGAAAUGAAGAAAUUAGGCUAUGAGCCUGAUAUUAGCUGUGUACAUCAGAACAUUGAUGAGGUGGAGAAGAAGAAGCUGCUGCUAAGUCACACAGAGAAGCUGGCCAUUACCUUUGGACUGAUGAAUAUGAAAAGUGGAGAACCUAUCCGGGUGAUUAAGAACACACGAGUUUGUUCUGAUUGUCAUACAGCAGCAAAAUACAUGUCAUUAGUAUGUAAAUGUGAGAUUUUCAUGAAGGAUGGUAUCCGGUUUCACCAUUUCAGGGAAGGAGAGUGUACCUGCAAUGACUGCUGGUAAGAAGGGAGUUAGAUGCCCUCUUGGAUCCUACAUUGCCAUCACCCAUUCUGAGGGGGAGGAUACUGGAUGCUUCAAUCGGCUCCGAAAGAGCUAAGAUCAAAGCAGAUGCACGAACCUUUACAGCAAGAGUUCAGGUUGUUGUGAAGUUUACACGCUAUUCUUGCACCUGUCUGAUGACUGCUUGAGACAGUUUGUUAAUAAUGGAGUCCCUAAAUAGGUAUAGGGCUCAGCGAUGCAGGGGUGGUGGACGGUUGAGAUUAAAUAAUGGAAACUUUUUGUA